AUUUUUUUCUCGGACCUCAUCUUUCAGUUUCUUAUUCUUCCGAGGUUUGUUUCUCUUGUCUUUUCAAGCUUUCAGAAAGUUUCAGCGUGCGCAUUUCGAGCUAGGCGAAAAAAAAAAACCAGCCACCCUUUUCGCCACGUAGAAGGUCUUCUUUUGACAACAAGCUAUUCCAAGUUUUUAUACGCGAAGCAUUAACUCCACCACCGCCGUUAGAUAGUACUGCGCCUUCGCCAGGAUGAUGCAGAUGCCAGGAAUGUCGUAUGAGGACGAGCGGGCGAAGAUGAUGUCAUUCCCCGCCAUGCCGCCGCCUCACAUGAUAAUGUCGGCAGGAAACCCAGUUUCCGUUAGAGCAGUCGACUUGAUUCCUCGCGAUGGCCUACCGCACGAAACUUAUCGCAUGGCCCUAGGCACCCUAAUGAGCUCCCUAGCUCGCUUCAAUUACGCGAUUAUUCAGAUGCCGCCCGGAGAUGAAGCUCUAGUGCGAUACACGCUAGACUCCUCGCGCGUGUAUUUUCAGUUCAAGAGGCGACCGUCGCCAGCAAUGCAGUCCAUUCCGAGCGCGGACGACCCGCAGGAGUGGAACCGAACCGCAGGCUACUACUGCGAACCGCAUGUGGGGAAAGAAGUCUACGAGUUCCGUCCAGGCGCCACACCCAUCAGCGCUGUUCCGGAGGAUUCCAUCCCUCCGUCGUGUCUUCCAGAUGCGUUUGGGAGCAUGGGGAAAACGUCCAGAACUGUGCUGGAGGCGAUAGGGCGGUCGCUGGACUUGCGGUCGUACACGUUCACGGACCUCCUGGACAACGUGCCUCUCAAGGCGAACGAGAUCUCGUCCUCCGUGCUCUCCGUCACCUGCCACGGCCGCCGCUUUGCCAAUGAGAAUAUGCUGGACCCGGGCAUGGAGGACAAGGACCCUCUGCUGAUCCCGCCAGAGGACGCAGAGGCUCGAGCGGAGAAGGGGUUGGUGACGCUGAUUAAGUCGGACCGUCCCGGUCUGUACAUCCGCGACCCUCAGAACCAAUGGCUACUAGCAGACGCCAACCUCGGCCCUAAUGAUCUUAUAUUAAUCACGGGGUUGACUCUGUAUCAGGCAACAGGCGGCUACGUGAGCCCAGCGCUCUACAAGACGGACCUGGCGAGUGCGUCCGUGGGCAUGCAGGUGCCGGAGGGCCGCGCGUCCGUGUUCUUCCGCCUGCUGCCGCGCGCGUCGUCCAUCAUCCACUGCUCCGCCAUGGCAGCGUCGGGCCACGCCAUAGCGGGCCCGUUCCAGCAGCCCGUGGCAGUGCAGGACUUCAUGCUGCGCCAGCACCCUAUCGACCAGAUCGCCGCCGCCUCGUACAACGGGCUGCUCCGCCCCAUGGGCAUGGGCGCCGCCAUGCCCAUGGUCGAACCAGGAUCACCGAAUGUGCGGCGGCGCAAGAAGCACCGCAUCAUGGGGACGGACGGGCGGUCGCUGGCGCCGUCGAAGCGGCUGCGCAUGGAGGCGCAGCGCGUGCUCAAGGAGAAGGUGCAGGACCUGGCGGACGCUAAGGGCAUCAAGAUCCGCUUCUGCAACCUCAAGGAGUGCGAGGAGCAGCACAUGGUCAUGGACGAGCCGCCCUGCUCGUACCUGCGAAUGCAGCUGGGGUGGCCGGCCAACGUGCCCUUUGUGCACCCGCACGACCUCCCCAACCGCGCCAAGCAGGCUUUCCUCGAGGCCUACGAGCCCGGCUGGUCCGAGCGCCAGCUCUCAGAGCCCAUGGGCAUCGAGGUCGGCACCACGCCCAAACGCGUCCAGGACGCGUUCAUGGACCCCAUAGGGCCGGACGCCAAGUUCUCAACGCGCGCGGUGUAUGAGUACCUGCGCACCAACAACAAGCCCGUGCCCACCGGCAAGCCGCAGGUCGUGGGCCACAAGGUCGACAUCCCGCUGCUCUGCCGCAUCGCCUUUGAGGCGGGCGGCAAGGACCAGUUUGAGCAGAUAAACGGGUUCCAGCGCUUCAUAGCAGAGACGUUCCACCUGGACGGCGCCACGGAGAAGGAGAAGGAGCGCGCCUUGGAGCGGCUGCGCAAGCUGUACGAGCAGGUGCUGGCGGAUUAUGUGGAGACGCUGGUUGCCAACCACGCCAUGGGCAUGGCGGCUGGGGGAGGGGGGCAGAUGAUGGGUGGGAGUGAGCAGCAGCAGCAACAGCAACAACAGCAACAACAGCAACAGCAUCAGCAACAGCAACAGCAGCAAGUGAUAGUGCCGCAAGAAGGGAACCUGCAGCAGCAAGAGCAGCAGCAGCAGCUGAUGGCGAUGUGAUUGGCGUUGGCAGCUAGACUCAUGGCGUGUGUAAUGGUGAUCAAUGAUCAUCCCUGGGGCUUGUAUUGUAUGUACAGUGUGUGUGGGGAUGGGCUGAUUUCCAGGGCUGCUGUGAGGCGGGCUGUGGAUGGAGGUAGUGCUCAUUAUAGCCACCAGUGGGCGUAACAUGCCUCGCAUGCGCUCCUAACUCUGGUUUGCAGCUUAGGAUCUGUAUGUUGCGCGUCGUUUGAUCCAGUACCGGUAUGCCUUGUAUCUGUUGAGCUUGCCUCAACA